AUGUCACUCCCGCUAUCUGGGCAUUUAGUUAUUGAAUUUGCGGGAUUGGCGCCCGGGUAUAAUAACCACACACACCCUUUCGCUUCAUUCUUCCUCGCCAUGCUAAAGAGAAAAGGUAAGGGGUAGUCCGUACACCGGCCACCUCCUACAAACCUACGGCGCCCGCGUCCUGCGCGUGGACCCGCACAGCGCCACUCCGAUGGCCACGGUGGAUGCGCUGGCCGAGAACAAGCGAUCUGUAAUACUCGAUCUUAAGUCCGCUGCUGGACACGCGCUGCUGUUGCGGCUUCUGCCUAAGGCUACGAUACUGAUAGAUCCCUACCGUCCGGGUGUGCUGGAAAAGUUAAAUCUCUCCCCGGCCGCUGUGCACGCCCUGAAUCCGAAGCUGGUGUACGCGCGCCUGACGGGCUUCCGGCGCGACGGGAGGUACGCGAGUAUGGCUGGGCACGAUAUCAAUUACCUGGCCGUCAGUGGGGCGCUAAGUCUCUUCGGGGGGAAGGGGGACGCGCCGGUGCCACCAGCGAAUGUAUUGGGGGAUUUUGCCGGUGGGGGUCUAGUCUGUUUUUGCGGCAUUUUGCUCGCCUUGCUGGAUGGGAAGGAGGGGAGGGUUGUCGAGGCUAAUAUGGUGGAUGGCACGGCGGGGCUGACCUCCUUCGCGCGCUUCGAGAUGGCGAAGGGCGCAGGAGGUGCUUGGGGGAAUGAGCGGGGAGGAAAUUUGUUGGAUGGGGGAGCGCCGUUUUAUGAUAGCUUUAGGACGAAGGACGGGAAGUAUAUGGCUGUGGGCGCGCUCGAGCAGAGAUUCUACGAGGCCUUCGUGGAGGGGCUGUUCAGGGGAACCGGGUUGCAUGGGAGGGUGCCGGAUCGGAGGAAUGCGGCGAAUUGGCCGAUCUUGAGGGAGUUGUUCGGGAAGAGGUUCCUUGAGAAGACUGGGCAGGAGUGGGAAGGGGUUUUUGACGGAACCGAUGCGUGC